AUGACGAAUCAAACAUUGCAUGGGCUCUGCCCGGAGCCCUUCCUCCAAGAGUCUUUCUUCCCGUCCACCGGUGGAUUUACCCAAGGACGGUAUUGUGCGAAGCUUCCUUUAGCAGACGGUGAUGUUUCCUGUUGUAUGCCCUGUCCAUUGGCAGACUGGAUGUAUGGGGAGGACAUCACUACCAAGGCGCAAGCUGCGAGUUGGCUGAGCGUGGCGGUCUUGCCUCUCUGCAUUUUUCUCCUUGUUUCUUAUGCGGUUCUUCCGCCAAAAUGGACGCACCGCCAUUACCUGAGCAUCUGCUUUACGUUGGGAAUUUGCUGCAUGGAGAUCGCGUUUGUCAUUCCUCUCGGUGCCAAACCCGACCAGUGUUACAACCAGAUCACACCGAACGACAUGCAUUCGAACUUAUCCUGCGCAUGGUCCGGUACUUUGCUCCUCUUUGGAGGCUGGGCGGUCGUAACGUGGAGCUUUAUCCGUACCCUUGCCUUUCAUCUCCAGGUUUGCUGGGAGGUGAUCCUCGGCAAGAAGUUCAUGUGGGGGGCUUUCAUCUGCGGCUGGGGGAUCCCGGGCAUCGGCAUAACGGUCAUGCUCAUCUUGACUGGGGUAUCCUUCCGCUUUGGCGACAUAUGCCAUAUCAACAUCAAGUAUGGGACCAAGGAUUACUGGGCGCCGGUCAUGGCGUUCGCCGGCGCAUCUCUGGUCCUGCAGCUCGCUACGAUGGCUUACUGUAUCCAUGUCUACGUGAAGUCCAUCUUUGAUACGACCGACUCCAGCACCAACAGUUCCCACCUGCCGUCCUAUACAUCCAGUGUCCGCACCGUCACUGCGCGCCAAGCAUACCGUCGUAUUCGACGAGUCCUGCAGUUGCAAUGGAGAGGCGUCGCCUUGGUUUUCGUCAUCAUCGGCAAUGUCAUCUUCUUCGCGGUGGUUUUCAUCCAAGUCAACAACAAGACGAGCCUGACGCGCGAGAACCUACAGAAAGCCCAACCAUGGAUUCUCUGCUUGAUUUCCACGAAGGGUGACGCCAAGCAAUGUGAAGACCUAGCCCACGCCAUUGGCCCGAAUGAGUCGACGAUCCUGGCCCUCCUGAUUCUCUUGUCUCUGGUUGGGUUCUGGAACUUUAUUUUGUUCGCACGCCCGGGCAUGUUCCUCGGCUGGGCCGAGUUGUUCAAGACCAAAGUUGGGCGGAACCACGAGUUCGUCUCCGCAGAUGCUCGUGCGAAAACCCCGGACACCCGGACGUACGAGAUGCUGGAGAGCGCCGCCCUCGCAUCCUGCAAGUCGCCAGAACCAAUCGUACGGCCUCCCAGCGCGGCGCGGACCAUGAGCCCGGAGGGGGCCAACUACGGACGAGAUGCACGGUACGUGCGGCCGUCGAUGAGCUUCUCCUCGCCUCGGCCGCCCAGCGCAUCACAAGGACGUGAUUGGGAUCCCCAGUCCACGUUUGCCCAGUCGAACCAUCAGCACACUCUAUCCAAGUGA